UACGAAAUUUCUGUAAAAAGACUUUACUGUGUGCUUCUUGCGCGUGAAUUGCUGCAACAUUUGGCAGUUUCUACAUCAAGUUUUCGAAACUGAAAUCAGAGAUUGAGAAAAUGUCUUCAGAAGAAACAGUAAGUGUAGUAGGGAGUGAGGUGAUGCCCCUGGAGUAUGGUAGCAUGGACUCGGAGAGUAGUCCGUCUCCAUCGAGCUCGGAGAGGAUGGUGGAAGGGGUGGGAGGAGGUGAAGGAGUGAGAGGAAGGGAGAUAGUUGGUAGUGGAGAAGAUGGUGUACCCAUCACUGUGGUAAAAGUGGAGGGUAGGAGAGAGAGGGGUUAUGAUAUAGAUGCAAACAUAGUGGAGGAGGUGAAGCAGUAUAGGUCUGAACUCGAGACCAAGGAUAGCCUGGGUCAUUUAGUGGAGAAUUAUGAAAUCUCUUCCCGAGUGUUAGUUAGGCCAAUUGGGGUAGAGGAGAGGGCGUGCUCUGCUCCUCGGGAUCAUUGGAUGCCCGUAUGUGCCCACUAUUUGUUAGCUGGGCUUAGGUUUCCAAUUCCUGAGUUGCUAGUAGGAGGAGGAAGUGGGGAAGUUGGUGAAGAAGGGGGGAAUUUACUGAACAUCAUGGACCUCACCAACGCAGAAUGCAUAGAAGCUGCUGAGCUCUAUGGGCCAAGCGCUUUAAGUGAAGCUGAAAUGGACAAAUUUUUGAACACUGCUGGAGGAGUGGCCAUUCCCAAGAAGCCAAGGAAGAAGUCAAAGACUUCAACCAAACAAGUGGAUGAGGGAGGAGUUGGGAAGGAGAUAGUGCCCAGCACUGCAGCCGGAAAGAAGAAGAAGGUGGUGGAGGAGGAGGAGAGGGGGAACGAGGUUCCCCAGUUCGUGCCUCGGCCUCCUCCUGUUGAGCUCGACCCUGAGCUCAGGGAGUCUGAGGAGAAGGCCGAGGCGAAGAACAUGACGAGGGUGAGGAGGUUUAUCAACACCACCUUCCCCGAAAUGGACAAGUGUCAAGCACGGGACGGCUCUGAGGUAUUGUGGGGCUUCAGUGGUGAAACAUGUUUUGGAGAGCGCGAGCUGGGUGAAUGGUCUAGCCCAGGAGUUCUGGAUAGUGUGAAGGAGCGCUCCCUCUUGCAGAAGCAGUGUGACCAGCUGCAAAAAGAGAAGGAGGAGCUGGAGAAAAAGAAUAAGGAAUUGCAAGAGGCGCUGAACGAGGUGGUUCCAACUGUGAAACAACUGGAGCAGGAGAGGGCUUCCCUGAGCACCAAGCUCGAAGGUUUCGUGGAGCUGAAGGAGAAUGUGCAGAUGUUGGUGCACAAUGGGAUGAAGGAGCACAUCAACAACUUCAUCAGCUCCAGUUCGUUUGACAACAUCGUCAACUUGUACCGGCUGCCAACUGCCAUCAUUGCUUUCACGGACUGCAGAAAGAAGGUGAAGGCUGAAUAUCCCGAAAUCAAACUGAGGUGGGAUCAUGAUGCAAACGGACGUGUUGUUUUCCCUCCAAAGUUCGACUUUGAGUUCGUUGUAGUGAAGGAAGAAGGGGCAGCGGUAGAGGAAGACGAAGUGGAGGCAGGAGUGGAAGGAACUAAAGUGGAUGAAAGCCAACCAAUUCCAGAAGUGGAGAUUCAUCCAGUUCCUUCUGACGAUGAGCAGCCUUUUCUGCCAGAUGAGCAGCAGCCAACACAGCCACCUCUUCUAGCUAAGCAGGAGCCAGUUUAGCCACCUCUUCUAGUGGAGGAAUAAUUUCUAUUUUUUGUUUUUCCUUUGAUGUUUUUAUUGUAACAACAGUAAAACAAUCUGUUGUAAUACUGUUUACUUUGAAUGAAAAUUCAGUUUUAACAUUACAUGUUGUGUUUGCUUUAUGUUUUUGUUAUUUUAUAUUAAUAAAAGAACUGAAAUUAC